UCGGCUUCAAGCGUUUUGUAUUGUGUUUGUCAGUCAGCUAGACGAGUCUCCAUCGGAAUUUACGCUGCUUGCUCUGUUAUUUUAUCGAAAACACUAAAUAAUCUACUGGAUUUUAUUAGUGACAUUUUAUAUCCUACUUUGAAUAUCACAAUGAUAUCGGCGAGGGAACCAUGGACUGUUUCUCAGAGUGGAAUAUAGAGGGGGCUUUAAUUUCGUCGCCUUCGGUUCUUUCACCCCUGUUCUGAGAGAGCUUUGAACCCAGCCACAGGCUCGUGCUGGGUUGUUGUAUUUCAGGUAAAGGUAUAAGUGUUGCUAGCUUACAAAAUAUCGAACGGAUUUGAGGAUAAAUAUCCCCCCACCUAAACAAAAAUAAAUACAUAAAGGACAGACUUUUCUCAUUAGCCAAGUUCUUGGAAGGUUUAGCUUUUAUCGUCAGGUGUGACCAGUUAAAGUGACCACUAACUGACCAUCAGUUGGUCCUGAACAUGGAGGCUGUUAUCGAGAAGGAAUGCAGUGCGCUUGGGGGACUUUUCCAAAGUGUUAUCGGAGACAUGAAAACCAGUUAUCCCAUCUGGGAGGACUUCAUCAGUAAGGCUGGGAAACUGCAGUCCCAGCUCAGGGCAACCGUGGUGGCAGCUGCAGCCUUUCUUGAUGCCUUCCAGAAAGUGGCUGACCUGGCAACCAGCUCACGAGGUGGCACCCGGGACAUCGGCUCAGCCCUGACCAGGAUGUGUAUGAGGCACCGGAGCAUCGAGGCCAAGCUCAAACAGUUCUCCAUGGCAUUCCUGGACUGCCUGAUCAACCCACUGCAGGAGCAGAUGGAGGAGUGGAAGAGAGGGGCCAACACUCUGGACAAGGACCAUGCUAAAGAGUACAAGAGAGCUCGCCAGGAGAUCAAGAAGAAGUCUUCAGACACCCUGAAGCUGCAGAAGAAAGCUAAGAAAGGUCGAGGAGACAUCCAGCCCCAGCUGGACAGCGCCAUGCAGGACGUGAGUGAGAAGUACCUGCUGCUGGAGGAGACAGAGCAGCAGGCGGUGAGGAGAGCUCUGAUAGAGGAGAGGAGCCGCUUCUGCUGCUUCGUGUCCAUGCUCAGACCCGUGGUGGACGAGGAGAUCUCCAUGCUGGGUGAGGUCACCCACCUCCAGACCAUCUCUGAUGACCUCAAAGCCCUGACCUCCGACCCCCACAAGCUGCCUCCUGCCAGCGAACAGGUCAUUCUGGAUCUGAAAGGUUCAGACUACAGCUGGUCCUACCAGACUCCUCCCUCCUCUCCGAGCAACACCGUGUCCCGGAAGUCCAGCAUGUGCAGCAGUCUGAACAGCGUGAACAGUAGUGACUCCCGCUCCAGCGGCUCACACUCUCACUCUCCCUCCUCCCACUAUCGCUACCGCAGCUCCACGCUGCCCCUGCAGGCCCCGGCAGGGCGCCUCUCCAGCAUCUCCUCCCACGACUCGGGCUUCAUCUCCCAGGACGCCUACCACUCCAAGUCCCCCUCACCCAUGCCCAUGGAGCCCCUGGCACAGCCUUGCCCCAGCUCUGGCUCCUCCGAGGCCUCUGAGACCAGCCAAUCAGACUGCAGCUCCCCCACCUCCCUUGGCUCCGCCUCCAACGCAGGCGCUGCUCCCGCCUCUGCUGAGAAGUUCUCUAAUGGCUUCGACCACUACGGGCACUCUGAGCCAGCCUACUUGGUGGGCGGGACCUCGUCGGCAGGGGCCUACCCCUUCUACCCCACCCCUUCCCCCUCCUCCUCCAUCACCACCACCUCCACUUCCUGUUCCCAGCGCUCGUGGUCACGGCCUUGCUCUGCCCUUGUCCCUGACUCCUCCCACUAUUGCACCCUGGGACCCAGCCUGGUCCCCUCCUCCCGUGUGCCCAGCUGGAAGGACUGGGCCAAGCCCGGGCCCUACGACCAGCCCAUGGUGAACACGCUGAGGAGGAAGAAAGACAAGGAGCCUGUAGACUACAGCCCCCACUCAGCGCCAGGCCCCGCCCCCACCGGCCUGCCCCCCCCAGCCCUGGAGGAAGACCCCCAGAGAGCCAGGAGCAUGGCUGCCCCACCCAAGGUGGGGGAUGUGGAGGCCCAUGAGCAGCUGGCCCUAGCCCUGUCCAGGGGGCUGCAGCUGGACACCCAGCGGUCCAGCAGAGACUCUCUACAGUGCUCAAGUGGAUACAGCACCCAGAGCACCACCCCAUGCUGCUCUGAGGACACCAUACCUUCCCAGGUGUCGGACUACGACUACUUCUCCAUGGCGGGGGACCAGGAGGUGGAGCAGCAGGACUUUGACAAGUCCUCCACCAUCCCCCGCAACAGUGACAUCAGCCAGUCCUACCGCCGCAUGUUCCAGGCCAAGCGGCCCGCCUCCACCGCCGGCCUGCCCUCCACCGGUGGCCCCGUCAUCAUCACCCCGGGCACCGCCACCAUCCGCCGCACCCCCUCCACCAAGCCCUCUGCCCGCCGCGCCGGCGCCCCCGGGGGCGGGCCCAUCCCCAUCCGCACGCCCGUCAUCCCCGUCAUGAUCCCCACCGUCCCCGACCUGCCGGGCCUCCACACUGGAGGACCGGAGCUGGGGGCGGCGUUUGAGGAGGCCCAGAGCCCAGACUCGCCCACCCUGGCCGGGGAGGAGCACCUGGGCGUCCUCCCCGUGGCCUCCUGGAGCGGACAGGCCUCCACCAACCCCCCCGUGACCCCCCAGGUGGGGCAGGAGGAGCUGGAGGGGUACCUGGAGGAGGAGGCCCAGGGGGGCAGCAUGCUGCUGGCGAUCAGGCGCGGCGUGAGGCUGAAGAGGACCCAGACCAACGACCGCUCAGCCCCACGCAUCGCCUGAGAGAACACCCCGUGCCACGCUCUGCCACCCCAGAGGACUGGCGUCUGUCUGCAGAACACCCUGUAACACUGUUAUUGGCUCCCUGUGUAUAGUAUUCUAUCCUGUUUAGUCAGCUGUUGUAAAGGUAGAGCAGCCGGUAUUAAUGGCACACAUGACUGCUGGUACUGGUGUGUGUGUGUUCAAACUGUCCAUCCUAACUGUCCAAUCCCGAGUCUGAGAAGGCUUGAACAGACCAUUCAAAAGGAGAGAGAGCUCUCUUAAGUGCCCAGACACGGGACAGAAAUGGUCCUACGCCCAAUCAGGAGGACGGAAAUGGUCCCACGAGGGCCCAAUCACAGGACAGAGCGGGCUUCCUUGGAGAGACAGUUCUCAAACUGCUCAGAGAACAGACAGGGCUCUCUAACAGCCCAAUCAGACGACAGAGGGGUGUGGUUCCAAUAGCUGCAGUGUGUGGGACUCCUCCCCUCAGGGAAGCUACAUGCUGGUCACACUAGACUAGAGUACCACAAGCACAGAGAUGCAGAUCUCAACAUGAGACACGGGGGAAACAAUGAAUCAUCUUAAGUUCGGUUUAGAGUGCAGUAGGCUGUAUAAAUGAUCACGCAAGGCGUCUCCUCGGUUGCCAUGGCGUUAGUUCACGCCCCCUUUAACCCACCACUCCCCCUCCUUGCUUGCUCCAAGGUGCCGAAUUACUUCAAGUAAGCUUUCAGAACGACUGAGUGGAAACUUCACGUAAUGAUGCGUUGCAUUUUGUUCCUCGAUCUGUAUUUAGUUACCCAGUCUGUUGGGGUGUAAACUUAUUUAGUGUUGUGGUUCCCAUACUAUCUGCUCUGCAACACUUGCUUUGUAGCAUGCAUUAUGAUUCAGUAUUAGAAAUCUAUUUGAAUAUAGCCUUUAUUAGCCUGUCCAGUGCUAAACAAUUCUGCUGGUAACAGCCAACUAUGUACAUUUCCAACAGACGAACGGUUGUGCCAUGGUGAAGCUGAAUAUUGUAUGCUAAUUAUAGGAGGAGGAUGAAGGGUUAUCACAUUGGGGGAAUCGUGAAUUGUGUUUAAAGUGAAACGUGUUAUAACUUCAAUUUAAAGGUUGCAUUUGAUUAUGCCUUUUUGCUAUUCAAGUGUCAUUUUCUGUUGCGCUCAUCAACCAAGUGAAACGCAUGGUGCAGCCUUACCUCCGUGAACUGCUUAUUUCACAGUGGCUUGUCCUACUAGAGGCGAAAAAAAGCCCAGUGUUUAUCAACUUCUCUCGGUGGAGGUGAUCCGUGUAUAGCGAAGAUCUGGACACCCUGGUCCCGCGAAAGCACUGAGUCCUGUUGGCAGACACAAUAGACUGUAAAUAAAACUGAAGACCAGGAACUCACAAUGCUAACUUAUUCUGUCCUCGGCCCUCUAUUUUUAUACCUGAUAACAGAGUAUGUUUAGUUCUUGUCCCUAUGCAUGUGCCCUCAUAUAAGGUUGUAUAUUAGUUUCUAUAUUCUGGUAUUUUCUCGGUUCUCUCGUUGGUUGUCCGCAGCUCCACUGUGAAAAGCGGGCAAACGGGCUGACGUAAGCUCCUGCCACCGUGCCCUCUGGUCAGUGUCAGAUGUUGAAACAGUUUCUUUCGUCGUUUCUUUUGUGUUGGCUUGUUUCAAAAUCCUUUUGUGUCCCAACUUGUCACUUCCGAAUUCAAAGCAGGCUAGUAUUCUCACCACCAGACUCGCGGAUGCUGUCUGCAUAUGAUGCUAAACUAUAUUUACUUAUUUUACCUUCGGCUAUUGAUAGCACACGUAUCGUAACUGUGUCAGAUGUCUACUCUGACUUACAUUAUUCUAUUUAAUUACAAGAGCAUAUCUAGAUUUUUUUAAGUUGCCAAAAAUGUAUGUGUAAAACGAUUCUAAUAGUUUGAAGAGAGUUUGUGUUUUUGCGUAUGGUAUAGAAAAGUGUAGCCUACUAAAAUCUUAGUUAGAAGUAUAUACGAAGGGUGAUCCUCGGUCCUUGUACUUGUAUUACGUCUGUAAUGUUUCUCUGCUUUGGCAUAUAAUAAAUGAGAAAAGGUUGA